GUUGAGGAAGUCGCUUGGUGAUGACAUCAUCACAACUAGUCGCAUUGUAAUUUCCCGCCUGAGCGGUGCCGAAAGUCGGUAGAAUUUCAAAUAAAUCUCAUUUUGUGCCAGUAACUAUCGGUUUUGCCCUGGCUACAUAUUUUGGGAGGGUACUAAUAACGAAAAAAAAAAAGAACGCAGACGGUCCCAGGCUACUCGCUCAUUGUCGCUUAUUAGCUGCUAGCAAGAUGAAGCUCGAGUUGUCUCGUGUUCUCCAGGGAGGAAGCCGCCUGGGUGUCCUGAAGGGGCUCGGCAGGACCGGGCAGCACUCCCUAGAGGUACCGGGCUGUCUGCUGUACACACGCUGCGGUACCGUUCCGCACCUGACCCACGAUACGCUGCACAGCCUCGACAAGCUCCCCUCGGUCACUCAGGUGUCGCUAGACCAUUUAGCAGAGCACCAAGAGGUUUUGGAGGAGUUCAAAGAAGGAUUUCAGAAGUUUUCAGGUCUUCAUGACAGCGUUUUGUUUUGCUCCCUGCAUGACCCCGCGACAUCUAGCCCAACCGGUUACGCAACCAACAAGACGGUGUCCGUGUGGGGAAGCGGCGGGCGCAUCGAGCUAACGGCAGCCAAGUUCAUGGCCCUGCAGAAGCUGGUGCGGCCCGACUGCUACGUGAGCAUGGCUGACGGUGAGACCUGGCAGGACAACACCUCCCGCAAGAGGGUCCGCAAGUCAGUGGAGCGGACCCUGGUUCAUUUGGACGAGUGUCUGCUGGUUCACCAGGGGUCGCAGGAGCUGGAGGGAGCGGCGCUGUUCGGGUCGGUGGAAGGAGGAGAUGUCAUGGAGGAAAGGGAGCGCUCGGCCAGGGAGACGGCCAAGCGGCCUGUAGCGGGUUUCUGCCUGGACGGCCUCCAUUCGGGCCGUCUGGACGGUGCCCUGAGGAGCCAGCUCAUUGGCGCUGUGGUCAAGGAACUACCCGAGCACAAACCCAGGCUUGUGCAGGGUGUGGGUCGACCCGACGAGGUGAUGGAGUGUGUGGAGGCUGGCGUGGACCUCUUCGAGGGCUUCUUCCCCUUCCUGGUCACAGAGCGAGGCUGCGCCCUCUCCUUCCGCUUUGACACGGCCAACGACCCGGAGAGCGCCGACGGGGCGCCUACCUCAGAAAACACAGCCGAACAGAAUGGAGAUCAUCGUCCGCAUGACCCAAGCUGCAUGACGCCCUUCGAGAUGGAUCUGAAAGAUAAAAGGUACCGAGAUGACUUCCGGCCCCUGGUGGAAGGGUGUGGCUGCUACUGCUGCCGUAACCACAAGAGGGCGUAUGUGCACCACCUGCUGGCCACCAACGAGCUCUUGGCGGGGGUGCUGCUCACGCUCCACAACACGGCGCAUUAUCUGACCUUCUUUGCGGCCCUCCGAGAAGCCCUGGCCGCUGACAAAGUGGACCUCUUGAAAAGGCGGCUCUUCUUGGAGACAAACGUCUAAGAUGGGAUGGGAUCAGAUAGAAGAGAUGGAUUGAGCCCGGAGGACAAACUUGCUUCCACAAUCAGCCCGGCUUUUUUUGUGGCCGAUCAGCAGAUUGGCUCUGCUGUACGGAGGCAAUCAAAAGUUUGAUCUUCUUUGCCUUUGCUGGGGUCUCUGGCAAAAACAACAACUUUGUCCACACAACCAAAGAAACCCCAUUGACCCGGUUUUCUUUUUUUUUUUUUUCUUCUUCCGCGUAACGAUCCCAUUGGUCGGGCUCGAGUCGAAAUAACAGCUUGCACGGAAGCGUUCACGCUCAAGUAGUAAUAGAAAGUACAACAUGUUUUUUUCCCUGACUCCUUAAAUUGCAAGAAUCUUUUUUUCCUUGAACAGUAGCCUGAAGUUACAGAUAUUGGUGCUAACAUUAGCCAACCCGGUUUCUGUCUUUGAUGCAGAGCCGAGUCAGAAGCGUGCAGUGGAAAAGCAGCUCAGCAUGCUUUUCUCCCCAGACAGAUUUCUCAUUGCAUAAUGCUUCAAUCAUCAUGAAAAAAAAAGUCAUACUAAAGAGGUGAGUCCACUUGAAUGUACUACUUCCAUUUUAAAGUAAUUUGUAAUUCCACAAGCAAAAAUUCAACUUGGAAAAAUGAAGUCAUUUAAAUGUUUGGUUUUCCUCAAAACAAUCAUCUUGUCAAAUUUGCACUGAAGCACUCCCAUUAUGCCUGAGGCCCCAUCAAUUUAUUGAAUAAACAUGUUUUUGAGAUA